ACUUUCCGUAAAUUCAUAUUUCAAACCACCGCGACUUUCAAAUUCCUCGUUCUUCAUGCUCCCCAACCCAACAUUCCCAUCCACUCCUCAAUUUCCUCUUUCUUUCAAACUUCACAUGCCACAACUCUUCUCCUUCAUCUCAUAUAAAUACCCUUCCUUCUUCCCUCUUCCCUCUUCAAUUCAUUCCACACAACAAAAACACCAAUUCUCCACCCUCUCAUUGAAAAAAAACAACCAAACAAAAAAAUCAAUCAUUUUAUUUUAUUUUUCUACGAAAAUGGUUGAUUUACAUUGGAAAUCAAAGAUGCCUAGUUCCAAAACACCAAAACUCUCUCUCUCCGACAACAAGUCCUUACCCUCUUUGCAACUACCCUUCCGCACCACAGAUAUCUCUCCCGCCGCUCCUUCCGUUUGCGCCGCUUACGACUACUAUCUCCGUCUUCCUCAACUCAGAAAGCUUUGGAACUCCACUGAUUUUCCUAAUUGGAACAACGAACCGAUUCUAAAACCAAUUUUGCAAGCUCUCGAAAUCACGUUCCGCUUUCUUUCCAUUGUUCUCUCCGAUCCCAGACCUUACUCCAACCACAGAGAAUGGACUCGCCGGAUAGAGUCUCUCAUCACGCAUCAAAUUGAAAUCAUUGCCAUACUUUGUGAAGAUGAGGAACAAAAUUCCGACACACGUGGCACUGCACCAACCGCUGAUCUCAGCAGCAGCAAUAGCAGCGUGAGCAGAAGCUACAGCGAGGCGAGCCUGCUUCCUCGGCUUGCCACGUGGUACAAAUCCAGGGACGUGGCGCAGAGGAUCCUUCUCUCCGUGGAAUGCCAAAUGAGGAGGUGCUCCUACACGCUUGGUUUGGGCGAGCCGAACCUAGCGGGGAAGCCGAGCCUGCUCUACGACCUCGUGUGCAAGCCGAAUGAGAUCCACGCACUGAAGACGACGCCGUACGACGAGCGCGUGGAGAACCAUGAGAACCACGCGGUGCACGCCACGCACCAGAUCGCGGAGUCGUGGAUUCACGCGUCGCGGAAGGUUCUGGAGAGAAUCGCGGACGCGGUGCUCUCCAGAACCUUCCAGAAAGCAGCAGAGGACUGCUACGCCGUGGAGAGGAUCUGGAAGCUUCUCGCGGAGGUGGAGGACCUCCACCUGAUGAUGGAUCCGGACGAUUUCUUGAGGCUAAAGAAUCAACUCUCGGUGAAAUCCUCGAGCGGCGAAACGGCAUCGUUCUGCUUCAGAUCGAAUGAGUUAGUGGAACUGACGAAGAUGUGCAGAGAUCUGAGGCACAAGGUGCCGGAGAUAUUGGAGGUGGAGGUGGAUCCGAAGGGAGGACCGAGGAUUCAAGAGGCGGCGAUGAAGCUCUACGUUUCGAAGAGCGAGUUCGAGAAGGUUCACUUGUUGCAGGCGAUGCAGGCGAUUGAGGCGGCGAUGAAGAGAUUCUUCUACGCGUAUAAGCAGGUGUUGGCGGUGGUGAUGGGAAGCUCAGAGGCUAACGGUAACCGAGUUGGGUUGAGUUGCGACUCGGCUGACUCGUUGACUCAGAUUUUCCUUGAACCGACGUAUUUUCCAAGCUUGGAUGCCGCCAAGACUUUUCUUGGAUACCUGUGGGAUAAUAACGAUAAUAACAAAUGGAUAUGAAAACGAAAAAAAAAAAACAAAAACGAUGGUCAGAGUGAAAAUUUCUUUAUGGAUGGAUAAUGUUAUUCAGUUUAGUUU